AUGGACUUUUCUCGCAACAAUCUAUCUGGAAAGAUUCCAUUAUUUCUGGGGCAGUUGAACUUACUUGGCGAUCUCAAUCUUUCCUUCAACAAGUUUGAGGGUGAAGUGCCAAACGAAGGAGUUUUCAAAAACAUCAGAGUAUGUGUUUGUGCUGUUAUUUAUCGAUUUAGAAAUUCCAAACAACAACCCUCUUCGUCCUCAACAGAGAAGAACCAAUAUCCACAACUUUCUUAUGCAGAACUACAUCAAUCUACCAAUGGAUUCUCUUCAGACAACUUGAUUGGAAAGGGAAGAUAUGGUUCUGUUUAUAAGGGGAUCCUCAAUUCUGAUGAGCAAACUGUUGCUGUGAAAGUACUCAACCUUCAAGAAAGUGGAGCAUACAAGAGCUUUUUGGCAGAAUGUGAAGCAUUAGGAAACCUUCGUCAUCGGAAUCUGGUCAAGGUCAUCACCUCUUGCUCAAGUGUAGAUUUUAAAGGCAAUGAUUUCAAAGCUUUAGUCUUUGAGUUCAUGCAAAAUGGGAGUUUAGAAAGUUGGUUAUAUCCAAGUUCACUUGAACAGAAUGACACAGAGAACUUGAACCUAACCCAAAGGCUAAACAUGGCAAUCGACGUGGCCUUGGCAUUGGAAUAUCUUCAUCAUCAUUAUGAUAUACCAAUCGCUCAUUUUCCAUCCGACUUUGCCUUGCAAAAGAGGAGAAGUACGCCAUAUGAUAUUGCGAAGGACCUUUGGAAGGCGCUAGAAGAUAAGUUCAUGGCAAAGAGCAUUGAGAACCGGCUCUACUUGAAGAAGAGGUUGUUUCGUUUCGACUACAAGAAAGGUAUUUCGAUGAACGAACACCUACACAACUUCAACAAAAUUCUUACGAAUUUGAAAAUUUUGGAUGAUCACAUUAGUGAUGAAGAUAAAGUACUGUUAUUGUUGAAUUCCUUACCUGACUCAUAUGAUCAUCUCACUACCACUUUACUGUACGGUAAAGAAAAGAUCAAGUAUGUUGAUGUUGCAAAUGCCUUGGUAAACAAUGAGUUCAGAAGGAAAGAUAAGUAUGCAAACAGGGACUCAGCAUCCGAGGCAUUGACAGUUAGAGGCAGAACAAAUAGCAGGAGAUAUAUAGGGCGAGGAAAGUCUCACUCAAAAUCCAGAGGGAAAUCAUCGGAUAGAAGACGUCUUGCAAAAGACGAGUGUGCUGCUUGUCGCCAGAAGGGGCAUUAG